AUGAUCCUGCAGAUUCUUCUUUUGCUCUUGGUGCAUCUAAUUUGUGGGAUGCUGAAAGUGGAAUGCUCCUUGAAUUUGAAAUCAGAUGAAAUAUUACAAAUGAAUUUCUACAGCUCAGGAGACCAUCUCAUCAGUGGAAUUACUUCUUCCACAGUUACUCUAUCUGUGAAAUACCGAUUUAACAUGGCUCCUCCUGCUAAAUUUUAUCUUGCAGAUUCCACAGUUUAUUGGCAUGUCCUGUCCUUCCUUUUCGCCCUUGAGGAGAUUAACCAAAAUCCCUUAAUCUUACCCAAUGUUACCUUGGGCUACAAUAUUCAUGACAGCUAUUCCAACGCAAAAGUGACUUUGGAGGCUUUGCUGGACUUGCUUUCAAAGGGAGAGGCAGAUGUUCCAAAUUAUAGCUGUGGAAAGGAGAGAAACACAGUGGUGGUCCUUGAAGAAGCUGAUGCAGACAUGUCCAUCCAUAUCUCAGGCUUGCUGAACCUCUACAAGAUCCCACAGCUUCACCCUUUCCUGUACAUCUCCCAGUAUUACAAUAAUUCCAUGGAGGGUGUAUAUUUGGAUGACAAAGGGGACCUGGCAAUUGACUUUGACAUCAUGUACUGGGAGACGUUUCCCAAUUGGACUUGUAACAAAGUGAAACUUGGGAGUCUGGAAAGAAAGGGACUCUCAGAAGAUAAAUUCAAGCUCACAGUGGAUCAGGAUGGAAUCAGAAGGGCCUUGCAGCAACAAUACAAUGCUAACAAUGAGAUCAAUACAAAAUCUUGGAAACCACAAGAGGAAUUUCUCAGCCUCAUUUCUAGUAAAUUCAUUUUGGUGAAGAUAUCUGAAAUGCUCCCUUUGCACCUGGUCUCAAUGGCCGUGUCUGAGAUAAGCUUCAAAGAUGAUCCCCUGUUUUCUAUGGAUUGUCCCAUGCCAAGGUCUCGUUGUGUGGAUAGUUGCUUGCCUGGAUUUGUCAGGCUGCUGAACCCCAUGAAGCCAGUUUGCUGUUACCAUUGUGUUCCUUGUGCAGAAGGGACCAUCUCCACUCAGGAAGAUUCUGAACAAUGUGUGAGAUGCCGUGAGGACCAGCACCCCAACAAGGACCGAGAUCAGUGUGUUCCUAAGGUGAUAAUUUUCCUAUCCCACACAGAAAAUUUGGCGAUCAUCCUUACUUCCUUUGCUUUACUUUUCUCUUUGAGCACUGGCUUUAUUUUAAGCAUCUUUGUUAAGCACAUGGAAACUCCAGUAGUCAAAGCCAACAACCGGGAUCUGUCCUACUUGCUCCUCAUUUCCCUCCUGCUUUCCUUCUUGUCUUCCUUCCUCUUCAUUGGCCAGCCAAGAAGAACCACCUGCCUUCUGCGACAAGCAGCCUUCAGCAUCAUUUUCUCAGUGGCUGUCUCUUCUCUCUUGGCCAAAACCAUUAUGGUGGUGCUGGCCUUCCUAGCCGCCAAGCCAGGGAAUAGUGUAAGGAGAUGGCUGGGGAAGCCUUUGGGCAACUCCAUUGUCCUUUCUUGCUCUAUUGUCCAAGUUAUGAUCUGCGGUAUCUGGUUGAGCAACUCUCCUCCAUUUCCUGACUCUGAUAUGCAUUCCCAGGCAGGAGAGAUUGUGCUGCAGUGCAAUGAAGGAUCGGUCACCAUGUUUUACACUGCGCUUUGCUAUAUGGGCUUCCUGGCAGCUGUUUGCUUAGUGGUGGCGUUCCUAGCCCGGAGUCUGCCUGGGGCCUUCAAUGAAGCCAAGCUGAUCACCUUCAGCAUGCUGGUCUUCUGUAGUGUUUGGAUCUCAUUUGUGCCCACCUACCUGAGCACUAAGGGCAAGUACAUGGUGGCUGUGCAGGUCUUCUCCAUCUUGGCCUCCAGUGCUGGGCUGCUAGGUUGCAUCUUUUUCCCCAAGUGCUAUAUUAUUCUUUUUCGACAUGAUUUGAAUAGAAAAGAGCAGCUUAUUCUGAAAAGCAAAACAGAAAUGUGA